CAAAAGUUUCCAAAUUAAGUGAAAAUGUUAUCCGAUAGAGAAAUUGAAGCGCUCGACAAGCGAAACUAUCAAUACCUUAAAGAGAUGGUACGAAUAUCCUUUGCUAUAGGUGUGAAUUUCACCAAGCCAACUUUUGCCAGGGAAUCGCUUCGAAUACUAAACAUUUUCUUAAUAUUAACGUCGACAUUUUCGUUGUAUUCGCAUUGGUAUCAAAUAGUUUACUACAGUCAUGACAUGAAGAAGAUUGGAGAAAGUAUUUGUACUGCUUUUCAAACUAUCGUUUCCAUAAUAAAAAUGAUUUAUUGUUUGGACCAACAACGUAGAAUGGCUGCAUUAUUAAGCAAAGUUCGCAAACAUGAGGUACUGCAGCAAAUUGAAAUUUUUCACACAGAUUUUGCAAUAAAAACUCAACUGAAAACUGAGAUUGAUAACAUAAUGAAUGAUGUUUGGAAAACAAUUCGAAUUCAACUUAUAUUUUAUAUUGGAAGUUGUUUAGGCAUUAUGUCAAAUUAUUACAUUACAGCUAUCGCUGUCAACGCUUAUCAUCAACAUAUUGGAACUCCAAACUAUUAUCCACAAUUACCUUUCACUGGAAUGUAUAAAUUUUGGCAGGAUAAAGGACUACAGUUUCCGUAUUAUGAAAUUCAAUAUUUUCUAAAUGCAUCAUCACUUUACAUCUCUGGAUUUGCGGCUGUAAGUUUUGACGGUUUAUUUUUCACAUUUGCUGAUUAUGGAGUCGGUUUGUAUCGCGUACUUCGCAUGAUGGUGAAGUAUUCAACAUCUCACUUAGUGCCAGAGGAGUGUCGAAUUAAAUAUUUACGAAGCUGUGUUUCGCAUUACAAUCGAACCAUUGAAUUUUUGAAUGAAGUCGAUGAUAUAUACAAGCAUGUCAGUUUAUCCCAAUUUCUGCUCAGUUUGGUUAUAUUGGGCAUUGUCGUAUUUGAGAUGAGCAUUAGUUUGGAAUCCGAUAAAGCGACUCUUGUUCGGAUGUUGAUGUAUUUGUCUGCAGCAGGUUACCAAGUGGUUAGCUACUGCUACAAUGGACAACUUUUAGCCACCGAGAGUGAUAAAAUAUGCUCCGCUUUUUAUGAAUGUGAAUGGUAUAAUCAAUCCAAGGAAUUUAAAACCAUUAUUUACAUGAUGAUGAUAAGAACUCAACGUGUAUUUUAUUUUAAUAUUUCGUGGUUUUCAUUCAUGACGUUGGCAACAUUCAUGGCUUACAUCCUAAAAACAGAGCAAUGUCAUAAUUACCAAAAUCGAUUACUUGGUAAGCAUCUUCACUCAUUAUUUGUCUCAAGUGGAAUAUGUACUAAGUGGAAUAUUUUGCUAGGUAUUAUCAUUGUGACUUCGUAUGUGGAACACAAUACGUUACGUUUGGCACACCGUUCUGCAUUGCCUCAAUGCAGACUUGGGGAAUUAGGUUUUCAACGUGUGUUUUUACUCGCCGAUACACCAGCUAUGGAAAUUCCAAUAAAACGUAAUCUACUUGAGCAUGAACAACGCCGUUUCGGUGACUUGUUACAAGGCAAUUUCUAUGAUAGUUAUCAUAACCUCAGUUAUAAACAUAUUAUGGGCUUACGUUGGGCGAGUCAGGAAUGUUUUGCCAGCAGUUGGUCCUCUCUGUUGCGAUACGCUGUGGACUUGCAAAUUAGUAGACAGCAUAAAUGCGGAGGAAGGCAAAAAAGCGGAGAGCCAUUCCAUGCUGUUGUUAAGACUUCGAAUGACUUAAAAUUGGCGCUUCGUUAG